AUGGAGUGCACUCUUGGUUUGGUUGAUGCAGCAAAAAUUCCUAGCGUAGUCUUCUCAAUCAGACUGGUGGUAGAACUGUACCUUACUUCCAUUCACUGUGAACUUGCUCCUUCUGUUGAAAUUUUAGAUAUACAGGAAUGUAAAAAGUUUCCUAAGUCUUCCAAGAACGGUUCAGGCCACAGUCGGACUGUUGCAGGCUUCCAAAGACGAUCAUGGCCAAGAAAUGAUUGUUACAAUUCCACUCCCAUUUGUAAGCCAAGUUCAGCUGUGGAAAAUCAAAAGGAAGGACGGGUCAGCCCUGAGCAGGAAGCUGAGGAAAUGAAAGAUCAGUACGAUGAAGAGCCAGUAUCCAGUUUUCCAGGCAGACUUUUUGGGUCUCAAAAUAAUGUUAAUGAUAAAAAAUGCCCUCGUACAAUAUGUCAAGAAAAUCAUAAGGAUGCAAAGCUAAAAAUGUUAAAAGUGAACGGCAAUCAACAGAACACUCUUUCAAGGAAAACACUAACUGGGGAAACCAAUAGACAACCCGAAGUAACUGGAGAGAAAGUACAGCAAUCACCCAUUCAGACACCAGCACCACUUAAGAUCCCAAGGAUCAUCUUGACACAUCCCUCUACUUCUGAUGAUGAUGUCGAACAGCUCACACAAGACCAAGAGGACAUGGAUCUUGAGGAAGCAGAUAUGGUAGACGACCAACUUUUCUUGGAUGGUGUAAACAAUGGCCCUUAAUGUUUCAGACUGACAGAAACAACAACAGCACACGUUGCUCUUGAAGAAAGAAAAUGCUGUAACAUUUGAGUAUCUUAUUUUUAGAAGUUGAUCAUAUUUUUGAGAACUUGGGAUAUCUUCUAUAUUGUUCGGCAGAUGGAGGAAUAUGGUUUUCCUAUAUAUUGCCACUAAUUAAUGGCACUGUAAGGUUCCUGCCAUUACAUUUCUGCUGUUGUGGGCACAUUUUAAGCUCACCAAAAUUAACACAUUUGUCUGCAACACAUCUUUUUUUAUUCUGUGUGCAAAGUUCAAAAACUGAAUGCAAGUCAAGUUUCUGCUGUUUGCAUUCUGCCUUCCUUGUUUAUAGAACUGUUGCAGGUUUCUGCACAGUUUUAGAGCAGCUACCUCUAUGAAUACAGAGCUACCCUUCCACCCUCUACCCAUCACCUAACUUGUGCGUAAUUCAGAUAAGCCUGUUAGGGAGUGGUAAAGGAUGCAGGCUACAAUGGGUCCUUGUCCUUAGGGGGUCCUCAUCAUAGGACAUGCAGUAAUGACAGAGCUGGCUUGUCGAUUGAUAUUUGCCUUACUAAAUCUGACCUACCAACACAUGCUCUAGUCUCCAAGGCCACCAUUAGGGUGAGACAACAAGGGACACUGCUAUAGGGUUUCUGGGGGAUUUUAUUUCUGGAGGGAAGAACACUAAUAUUUUUUUUAUGAUGCAAUAUCUUUGCCAUGCCUCCCUGGACAGGCAAGGCAAUAUUUGAACCACAAUAGUAAUGGCCUGCUAUCAUGGGGACACCUGAUUAUUUAAUUACAUGGGCCCCAUUGUCUUUGGAGGAAAGCUUUGUUAGUUACACCCAGAGUAUUGUACUAUGCUUUGAUUCUCGCUGCCAGAAAUUACACCAGAUCUUGCUCUGGUGGGUGCGUGAAUUUUUGCAUGGCGCUAUCCCUUUGUAGUGCACACAGCAAAUCUUUCUAUUAACCUAAAAUAAUUCAUACCAACAUAUUAGGCUAAAGUCACACCUAGGGACGGAAGCGGAAAGUAUGCUAGGUGUGGCCUUAAUCAUUGUUUCCAAACAAGUGCAAUGGAUAAUUUAGAUCUUGCCCAGAUCCACCCACCUUACUGCACACCCAUUGUCAAAACUGCAUACCCAACAAAAUAUUUCACAGCCUAAAGGUCCCCAUACACGGCCCGAUUAUAGCUGGACCGAUUUGGCAGC